UCUCUUCCCGGUUUCCUCCUCAGCUCGUAGGUCUCCGCUGGAGGCUGCUUCCGGUUGCUGCGCGGUGCAGGGCGUGCCGGUGUCAGCUCCCCCGACACGUCCUACGGCCCCCUAGACAUGUAUCGGAACCCGGGGCCCUCGGGGCCCCAGCUCCGUGAUUUCAACAGCAUCAUUCAGACAUGCAGCGGCAACAUCCAGCGGAUCAGCCAAGCCACUGCUCAGAUAAAGAAUUUGAUGAGCCAACUAGGAACUAAGCAGGACUCAAGCAAGCUACAGGAAAAUCUGCAACAGUUACAACACUCCACAAAUCAGCUCGCCAAGGAAACAAAUGAAUUGCUGAAGGAAUUAGGAUCCUUGCCCCUUCCCUUGUCUACUUCAGAACAGCGCCAGCAGAAACUUCAGAAGGAGCGUCUCAUGAAUGACUUCUCUAUGGCCUUGAACAACUUCCAGGCUGUGCAGAGAAGGGUAUCUGAAAAGGAAAAAGAGAGUAUUGCCAGAGCGAGAGCUGGAUCGCGGCUUUCCGCGGAAGACAGGCAAAGAGAAGAACAGCUCGUCUCAUUUGACAGCCAUGAGGACUGGAACCAGAUGCAGAGCCAGGAAGACGAGGCAGCCAUCACUGAACAGGAUCUGGAACUUAUUAAAGAGAGGGAAACAGCGAUCCGGCAGCUGGAGGCUGAUAUUUUGGAUGUCAAUCAGAUAUUUAAAGAUUUGGCCAUGAUGAUCCAUGACCAAGGUGAUCUGAUUGAUAGCAUAGAAGCCAAUGUGGAAAGUUCAGAAGUGCAUGUCGAAAGAGCCACUGACCAAUUACAACAAGCUGCUUACUACCAGAAAAAAUCUCGCAAGAAGAUGUGUAUCCUGGUGCUUGUCCUGUCAGUGAUUAUCACAGUCUUGGCUAUUAUUAUCUGGCAAGUUUCUAAAUGAAGUGUGGUUGCCUCUGAGCCUUCUGCUGAGUUGCUAUCCAGGGCAAGUGCUUGCCGGAGGCUUACCAGAACAAACGGAUCCCAAGAAGACCGCAUAUACCAGAAUGUCCUGUAAUCAUUUACUUAGAAACUAACUACUAACUAGUACUUGGAAUUAGUGACCUAUGGAAGACAGUAUUUAUCAAUUUAUGUAUACAUUUUAUUGAUUUCUCAAAUUAGGAAUUAACUUAUGUGAAUUUUGCUUUCUCUUGUAUUCUGAUUGCCCUUUCUCUCAAGUGUUUACUGAAAACUCCAUUCUAGAUAUUAUUUCUGACAGGUGACACUACAGUCUCAUAAUAUUGUCUUUUUAUGUGUAUAUAAAAUUUGCCUUUUUACUAGCAACUGAGAUGCAUUUGUUUCUAGCAUCUGGCAUUAUUGGAGUCUGUCAGAAACUGUAAAUAAUGCAGCAAUUUUUAUUAUUUAAUAUAUUAAUUUAAAUUUCGAAGACAUCCAUUCUCUAUCUGUUUGGAAGAUUUUGGCACUACAUUUCCUGGAAAGUAACAAAAAUUGAACAUGUGAUUCAGAUUAAAUGAGUAGUAUCUUAUCUAUUUGA